GUUUGAAGCAAGGCUUUGCAUUCAUCAGCAAAAUGACUCAAUGUUUCUUGAUUACUGCUGCUGUUUUUAUGAUAGCUGUCUUUUACCGCCUGUCAUUGCGUCCUCAAUGACGUUACUUUAUGACGUUACAUUAACGUUGAAGUAACGAUAGCUAGAUAACUAGCCAUCGUUAGCUACCUAGCUAGUUGGUCGACAUAAUAGGAUAUGUGUCCCGUCGGCUGAGAUGCUGGUGUAAAACAUGUGAAAAGAUUUAAUAGAUCAGUGCUUUUUCAGGUUCAUUUCGUACCGGCUGAGGUACAAUGCAAGCAGAGUUCAAUAAAGCCAAGUUGUAGACUCCUCAGAAAAAUAACUCAGUUUGAGAUGGGGUAGAAUAAAAUGAUUUAAAUGUCGAACAGAAACACUGUGAGAGUGAAUUUAUACAAUAAUCUGCUUGUGACAGUAACUUCUUGUUCUGUCAUACAUGCCACGCCCUCUUCUGGUCUUCGACAUGGGUUAAGCCUACGCCUCGUGCCAGAGAAUUGAUUUGCGUCAUUGGAUCAUUUCAUCACCCUCUGGUGCAUUUGAAUAUGGCUUGUUUUUGCUCUUCAUGUGAGGCGAUUAUGGUGCCUGGAGACACCCAUGACAAGUGCUGCACUUUUCAAAUCUGUUCUGCUCUUGAUUCAUGUGCGGCUUGCGUCGACCUCCCGUCAGGAGAGCUGCGCGUCAGAGAGGCUGUCCUUCCGUGGGUCAGAGAACUGGUCGGGCAGACCAGUGAACCCAAACCGGUCCGUCGAGGGUGAAGGGGAGGGCAUCAUCUUAACCCAUGAAACCGUGGGAACAAUAUGAUGAGUCGGUCUUCAUGAAAGAAGGCACAGCCCUUCUGUUUCAGUGGACAGUGGCCAAUGUCAGACGACAAGGAGGACGCGGACCCUCAAGAGAAAGAGAAAACACUUUGUGGUCUGUCGAUGAGCUCAGAGCAAAGAGAAGGAUACGCCCAGUCACGGUCUGCCCCAAGAUGCAGGACCUAUGGGACCAUUCUACUGGGGAUAUGGAGGCCCCAGCUUCUAUCAAGACUAGCGGAUGUGUACAAGCCGAACGCCAAAGUGGCGGGAGUCAACUUUAUUCGGCGCCUCUCAGGCAUUGAUUGUGCUUGUCACCAACCACCUCCCCGUGGUCUAUGGGGAAGCAGGCGCUCCCGGACGAACAUUCCUGGUUUACGUCCCUUAUCUGCUCUAGUACAAGCUAAUAAUCUCUCCUUGUUAGUGGGCUCGAUGGACAGGAACCUUUGUGACAAGGAAUCGUUGUCCGCUGAUGAGAUCCACAUGGUCCAGGUCGCUAUGGCUGCUUUGCUGCUUCAUAGUGCCGGCCUUCAUGAUAGACAGAGGAAAUGGAUGCACACUUUUACAAGUGGCGGCGUGGAACAUGUGGUUGGGCCUUACAGGACUGGGGAACAGUGAGAGACAGGUCCUCUGGAGUACCCAUAACAGAAGAUUCACUGUACGGUGAGGGUAACACCAAACAUGGGGAAAGAUUCAAAGGUUCGAGGAAGACUUUGGGACAGUUGUCUGGCAUGUUGGGCCUGAUGUGCCAGAGCCGCUAACCUCCCCCCUUCAAGUGAGAUGGUUUGUGUGUUACAGUGGUCAGUCCACUGGGAGGGUGGUGACCACACAAUGUUUGGCUCAUUGGAUCAGUGGAGUUAUCUCCAGAACAUAUGAGGCCUCAGCAGAUGAGCCCCCUGACAGGUUGACGGCCCAUUCACCCAGGGCGAUCUCUUCGUCACAGCCUUGUUUAGAGGUGUGUCCAUGGCGGACAUUUGUGAAGCUGCAUCUUGGUCUUCAGCUUCUACUUUUGCUUGAGCUUAUAUCAGAGAUAUGGCGUUCCUACAGACAGUCUCGGAUCCACCCUGAGAUGGAUCGGGCUGGUUCUUCUAUCGAAGGGUUCUGAAUCCGGUUGGUUCUUUGGUUGAGGGCCAUUCUGGAAGGGAACACAUCUUCAUGGUCUUCGCUGUGGUUUCAAUGGAUAUUGAAGCCUGUUAGAAGGCGUAGCACGUAUGACAUUGACAUGACCUGAAUGUAACUUCAGUUUUGUGAAUAUGUGAUUAGCCAGUCCGCCCAGCAGGAGCCGUUCUUUCUCUGAGUUUCUAAAGGGAGACCAGCAGUGGGGAACAGGGGGUUUUAUUGGGAGAGGUGGAGCCUACCUGGAUGGAGAGUGAAGCGAAUCAAUUCUCAGGCACAAGGUGGAGCCUCAGAGUGGAUUAACCAAUAGCGAAGCCUGUUCACUGUUAACGCAGAAAUGUUGAUUAUUUCCAGCUUCUCUUCUGUAGAAACUAUCUACCCUGAAAAAUAGAAAGCCAAAGCCGUAGUCAUUCCAAGCCAUGAAUGCUAAGUGUUGCUGGUGUCACAUUUGUGGAAAGGAGUUGGAGAACGCCAUACCGGAUCACCUUGAGCAACUUCUGCCUGAAGGCCACAGCCAUGCCCUAUGUCAUUACGCACCACUGGAGAGAGGUUUCACCGCCUUCAUAAAGCUCCAACUUAGCACCAGAGAAGAAGCAGAGACAUGGUUGGAGGACUUCCAAAGGUCCUCAGGAGUGACACUAAGAGUUGAAAAAACCUAUCCUGUUACUGAGGAUACAACACGACGCAAUGGCUACAGAGUUGACAUGAAAUGCCAACACAGCACCAAGCAGAUGGGAUCCGGUGAGAGGAACACACAGUGUCCUGCUGGGCUCUACCUGGUGUUAAAGAAAAGCAGGCACAGUCAGAACAGGAAGUCCAGAUCCAGUGAUGCUCAUAUUCAACAGGGUUUUUUGCUGCACGUCACCAUAAAACAUCACCACAACCACCAGCUUGCCAGUGCCAAGGACUUACCGCUGCAGGAUGUGGCCAGAGAGAAACAGGGGGAAGUCUUACAGACUCGUUCUGAGAUGACGCCUCCUCAGCUCCAAAGUGAGCAGCUUGAAGGUCGACUCAGAUCCAUGUUCGAGGGCCUCAUGGACAAGCUGAAAAAAGACAAGACUUUCCAAGCCCCAAUUGAAUCCUUUGUGUCAAACUACGAACGAAUCCACUCUGACAGCAGCCUCAUUCCAGCACUGUGCGCAUUUGGUGAGACCAGGAGUGCAGCUGCGCGUCACAACAAAAUGCUGCCAAGAAAGGUUCUGCAAAUGAGCACGGAAACAGGUGUGCAGCCCACAGCUAUUGCUUGCCGAAAGACUCUGCUGGAGGGCAGACCAUCCCUCAUCUCUGGUAGACCUCCAAAAAGAGCCUGGAGGGAGCAGAGCAAUGGGAAGGUUGAAGAGAGGAGCGGUGCACCACACUCCCGUGGCCAGUGUGUCUCCGUAGGUCAACAUAGCGACUACAAAAUACAUUUUUUCAAAUAAAGUUCUAUUUUACCAUGUCUAUGGUUUAAAAUCUACCUUCUUACACAAUUCUGGUAUCUAGUAGCUCUGCACAGCAAGUUAACAAGUUGGAGCACAAUACUUAGUCACACACACACACACACACACACCAACAACUACCCAUUCUAUCUCUUGCCAUAAUAUAUUAUGUAUAUUGUGUAUAUUUAUGAUUAUUUAUUUACAUCCCUUUUUUCCCCCUUUAAUAACGUCUUUAUGUUAUCCUGGAAAAGGUAAUGUAGUUUUGAAAGGGAGUAUUCUACUCAGUAUUCUAAAGGUCAACCCAGUUAUGACAGUGAAGUCUAAUGAUGGAGACUUUUAUGUGUCUCAUUCUCGUGUGUUGUGAUUUAUCAUCUCGCUGCGUUACUCUGCAUUUAUAUGAGGAUUGUGUGGGUGAGGGUGGAUGAUGGGAAAUUUUAUUGAAGAUUUUAUUGAGAUUUUACGGUCCAGAACAAGACUUAUUCAGUGAAAUCAGUAAUAUUUCAGUCAUAUUGUGGUGUCAAGAGGCCCGUGUACACUUCCUCUAUUGUACGCUAAUGGAAAUGGGUGAUCGGCCACACCAUUAUCAUUCAACAGGUUGAUUAAAUAAUACGCAGUUAAUCAGAGGGAAUUAAGGAUGGAACAUCGAAGUGAGCAGUGAAGUAACAUUAACAAAAUAAACAGCAAUUUGCCUUGGCGCAUGCGCAUUUUGCAAAACGGAAGUCAGCGUCUCCAUGGGUAACGGUCAACAAGAGCGUAAAUCUGUCGCUAUACUUAUGAUGAAAAAAAAAACCCUUCUUUGAAGUUGGUCAAAGGAGAGGCAUCUAAUAGUUUUCUAUCAAUCACCCGCUUCUCUGAAAUGCAAGCAUUAACUAAACAAGCUAUAUGUCGAUGAAAUGUUUAAUGCCCGAGCACUUGGCUAGUUUCAAAUAGCAUGCUAACUGGAAUCAUAAGAUGUAAAAGCUGUUCGUUAACAUGAAAAGUCAGGACUUCGAAACUCUCGCUUACACGGAGAGUCCGAAAACAGCGAAACGGACAACAUUCCAGGAUGAACUCCAGGCUGCUGUGUCCGCCAGAAUAAAGAGAGCUGACAAUAAUUCAUAUCCGGAUGACUUCGAGAAUGAGGAGGAGGAGGACGAGUUUUUAAAUGAGCUGCUCCAGUCAAGGAAGCAUCGGUCAGAUGCAUUUAAAGCAUCAAGAAACAGACCCCAAAUCAAUGACUUUGAUUUAUCAGAUGAUGAAGAGAAGCACGAGAAACCAAAACGAGUGUCCUUCCUCAAAACUGCAAGAAACAAGUCACCUACCCCAGACACAGAACUACUGGAGCCGUGUGAUUCUGCGGGCUUGCCCGUCGCUGGACAUAACAGCCUCAACUGUGAUUUCAAACCACACUCAGAAAAUGCCAGUGGAGAUGGAAAACAAAUUGGAAGUGAUCGGUUGGAGUCUAACAGCCCAGAAUAUCGGAGGUCAUUGAAAUCUGAGAGUGAAGUGGAUGAGGCAGUAGAAACAAAUCAUGAAGAAAGGCCACCCACUUGUGAUAAUGAACAAAUUUCUUCAGAGGGUCUGAGCUUGGCGCCGCCAAGGCCCAAACCACGACAGAGAACUCUGGUCGAUAACCAGCAUGCUGCAGAGAAAACGUUCGAUAUACUGGACUCUCAGGACUCUAGCAGACCGCAGACGUCCACUGAAUCCCCUGAUGCAUCGAGCACCGUGCCUCAAAUCUCGUCUCCUGACAGGAUCACAGCCAGAAGCUGCAGCCCUCACUGGACAGAUGAGGAAUCCGCGUCAGAUACAAGCACAGCGUCUCAACAAAUGAACUGUCCAAGAGUUGAUCCUGAUUUAUGCCGAGAAGGAUCAACUCUUGAAGGGAGCAAGGUGCAGAGGAACAAUUCAUUUGAAGUGACCAUGAAUCAAUCCUCUGGAAAUGUCACAUUUGAUCUUGGAAAAUCUCGUAGAAGUGUGCGGCCACAAUCCUCUCACAAGUUCAACAGCAUUGAAUCCAAGUAUUUGGGUUCUCUCAAAGUUUUGGACUUAAAGGUACCAGAGGAUUGUCCUCCACAAGAAGCGGAUUCCCUGAGGGCAACUAUUUAUCAGGAGUGGCUCCGGAAGAAAGAGGAGAAGUCCAAGGAAAGUUUGGAGUUAAUGAGGAAGGAGAGGAUUCUGAGGCAGGAAAAGAAGAAGGAAGAGGAAUCAAAAAGAGCGGAAGCCACUGCCUCUUAUGAGGCCUGGAAGCAAAAGAAAGCAGAGAGUCUCAAAGCCAGAUUCAGAGAGAAGCAAUCUUUGAUCCAAGAAGAACAAAAAAAAUUGGAAGAAAAUGAAAAGAAAAAGAAUUCUGCGAAACAGAUGUUUGAACGAUGGAAGGCGGAACGAGAUAAUAUCCUCAGAGAAAAGCACAGAAAGCAAAAAGAAGCAGAGAGAAAAUGCCAGCUGAAGAAACAGGAAGAAGAGGAGGAAAGGAUGAGGAACAGCAAAUCUGCUUUUUCUAGCUGGUAUGAAAAGAAGAAACAUGUCAUCCACCAACGGGUGGCGACAGAACGCAAGCAAGGCAGGAACCAAGCAGAGGAGGAUCGCUACAUGAAAGAGGAGCGCGAUAAAAACGCUAUAGAGGUGUACGAGCAGUGGCUGGUAAGGAUGGCCAGGAAAGACCUGGAGCAAAGAAGAAGAAAACAUGAGCGACAUAUCAGAGAGAUAUUGCAGGACAGUCCUCCUCCACCCUGGAGCCCUCCAAACAAGACCACAUCAACAAGAUAGCAACUAGUGUGUCUCGUAUAGAAUCCAGUUUCAAUUGUUAUUUAUGAUUUUAGGAUUGAGGGUUGACAAGAUGUGUGCAGGUGAGGGGGUACCUAUUGCUGAAUACUGGUUCUAGGAAGUACAAGAGGAAGAGUGCAACUUUCAUCUGGAUUUCCAACAAAGGGCUAAGAAAUGAGUGUGUCCCCCACACACUUCUGUUUGUGCUUCUGUUUUAUGUGCCUGUGUGUGGGGAUGUAGUUUGUCAACUGUAAGUCUGAGACUAUUGCUCUCUCAGGGAUAUGAUCUGAUGCCUUUUGUGCUGUAGAAAAAUCCAAAGUCCCGGUUUGAUCGUCGAAUGUGUUGUUUACUUAGGGACGGGCGUUAGUCAGCAAUGUGUUUUUUGGGAGGUUGUAUGCCGGUUGUAUGUGCACCCUGAGAUGCAUUCAAUUACAGUCUCAAAACAAGCAUACGAAGGUGGUUGCAAUUGAAUUGAGGUUGCUUGUGUUUGUUGCGUAAUUGGGAUGUGGCACUGUAGUUCAUCUACAAAUCCUUCUGGUUCCACGCAUUCAAUUGCAGACCAGGAGAGCCAGCAACAAAACAAAAACAGCUAAACAAAACACAGUAAAGGGCAACCUGAGCUUAGUAGUAGUAUAAGUACUUUGAUGCUGGAAACUCAGUGAUUCUAUGAGUAGUUCAAUUCUGAUCAGCUAAGCUUAUUGUUUAAAAACAAAGCUCUGUGAGAUGAAAAGCUACGCUUUGGUCUCUACACUCAUCGGCCUCAUUGGUGUUGUGUUCUGACUGAAAGAAGGUGAGUUGCUGUGAGUUAACUAAAGGGAAAAUUGACAGCAGAACUCAAAUGUUCAGCUGCACUCUGAGGAAUAUCUUGGAAAUGGAAUUCACUAUUGUGGGUCAACACAUGUGACCUGUGCCAGCAAACUACAUUUGUUAAGUCUUUCGUGUGACAUUGAUUUAUUUUUGUACUGUUUUGUAUAUGCAUAUAUAUUUGUAGUGAAACUGCAAAUAGAUAUACAAAUGCAUAACUAAUAAAGUCAU